UGCAAAUGCAGAGAUGUGGGGAGUCAGAGGGUUGGGGGGUGAGCGCAACGGGAAAUGUGAUUCAACGUUUUCUUUGUGUUGUUCUUUGCAAAGCCUGUGCGUUCCCAUGGGUACAAGCGGUGAGGAGCUCGACAGCUGAAGUUCCUCUUUUUAAAUGGGGUUCCCUGACUGCAUUCGAGGGUCUGAGGAGGUAUUUGGAUAACUAGAACAUUGACACUCAAUGCAAACUUAUCCUGUAUGCUAUGAUAGUUGCUCUUUAAUUUAACUUUCUUGUGGUUUGCGUUGGUUGGUUGGUUGGUGAAAGAACUCUAGAUCUGAUGUGAGGUUUGUUUUUUGGAACCAUUUUCUAAGCUGUCUUUGCUUUAUAGUGUGUAAACUGUGGCAUGUGCCUGGGAUUAGGACAUUUCAUUGAGGAUUUUAGCAGCACCCUGAUGGUUAUAUGCUCCUUCAUAGCCUGAACUUCAAAUAACACUGAAGUUUGCUGGGACGUUUUCAGUUUGUAGCUGAAAGAUGUUCCAGUUCAUCCGGAAACAGAUUCAUAAUCACCUUGUGGAGCGGAAAAUUAUGAAAACACGUCUUGUUACAAAGGACGGCCACUGCAACAUUAAAUUUGGGACUGCUGAAUAUAACAACCAUUUUGCUUUCCUUAAGGACUUCUGGACUACGUUUGUUGAGAUUCGCUGGUGUUUUGUAAUUGUUUUAUUUGCUGCUGCCUUCACUGGAAGCUGGUUCAUUUUUGGUUUGCUCUGGUAUUCACUUGCAAAAAGUAACGGAGACUUAGAUGUUCUCCAGAACUCUUCUGAAUCCCAUCAGGUGAAAUGUAUAGAGAACAUUAACAGUCUUACAACCGCCUUCUUAUACUCUUUAGAGACCCAGACCACUAUUGGCUAUGGCGGUCGGGCUCUCACGGGUCACUGCCCGGGCACGGUCGCCCUGUUGAUCAUCCAGUCCCUCAUGGGCACCAUCAUAAACUGCUUUAUGUGUGGACUCAUUUUGGCAAAGAUCUCUCUCCCGAAGAGAAGAGCAAAGACGGUAACCUUCAGCGAAACAGCGGUCAUUUGUCUUUGGAAGGGGAAUCUGUGCCUCCAGAUACGAGUGGCCAACCUUCGAAAAACUCUUCUUAUUGGCAGCCACGUUUAUGGAAAGCUUCUGCGGACCACCAUUACUCCAGAAGGGGAGACCAUCAUACUGGAUCAGGUGAAUAUUGACUUUUUGGUGGAUGCUGGAAAGGACAAUCUGUUCUUUGUUUGUCCACUUACCCUGUACCACGUGAUCGACAAAUCAAGCCCGUUUUCCGAGAUGGCUACAAACACUCUUCAGCAGCAGGACUUUGAGUUAGUGGUCUUCCUAGAUGGUACGGCUGAAUCCACCAGCUUGUCCUGUCAAGUCCGAACUUCAUACCUUCCGCAGGAGAUCAAGUGGGGUUACAACUUCCUGCCCGUCAUCUCUCGCACCAAGGGUGGGAAAUACCGCGUCGAGCUGUCCAAUUUUUCCAAAACGGAACCAGUGGUGACUCCGCACUGCGCUUGCUGUUUUCACAACGAAAAUAACAAGGAGCUUAUUCUCCACCGACACGGACGUGAAGGCAUCGAUAACCUAGGAUUUGAUGUUAUUGACCUUCAAGACUCUGUUGAUGCAACUGAGAAGGGUGAUUAAGGACGCUACAGCAGUGACUGAUUGAGAGGAACACAAGUAUGAAGUAAACAUCCUGUGAAAGUUAGAAGCCACAUAAAAAGAGAGAGAGGAAGAGGACUCAUUAUAGACAGUUACGUUCACUAACAAACGGGCUGUGUUUCAAAACCUGAGCUGCCUGUGUAGUCAGACUAUUAAGGCAUUAUUUGUGCUUCUGACAAUUAUGCUGCUAAGAUACCUUGUUUUGAUUAAAUUGUAAUUUAAAUUAAAUUGUCAGUGGCUCAUGGUGGGUAAAGUGAGAGAAUUUUGUGUGUGUGUGCGUGUGUCUAUCUAUCUAUAAUAUAUAUAUAGCUAUAUAUACACAUCUCUCUCUCUCUCUCUCUCUCUCGCUAUAUAUAUAUAUAUAUAUAUAUAUAUAUAUAUAUAUAUAUAUCUUAGGGGUGUAACGGUACAUGUAUUCGUCCCGAAUCGUAACGGUUCGGUUCAUGCAGUUAGACGCUGAAUACAGUCAGUCACAGGCGAUCCACACUACAAUCCAGAAGGGGGCGCGCACAGUAAUGCUUUUUAGCAUAACCUAUUUUAACCAGCAUUAACCACCAAUAAUCGCAAUAAGCUCUGUGUUUUGUUACUUUCGAUAAGAAACAAAGUGCCAUCUUUCAAAUUCUGUCCAUUUUAUCACGAAAUUCAAACAAUAAAUGCCGUUUUGGCGCUUUUCAACGCCUCAGUUCAAACGGCAGCGUGGAUCGUGAGUGAACGCGAUCAUCUCUUUCUCUUCACUACUACAGAAUGAACAUGAAGGUAUGUUGAAAGGUACAGUACAACUUACUGAAACGUAUCAUAUCUCGUUUAAUCGCUUAAUCAGUGUUUCAACCGCGGAAAGAUGUCAGUAAAACAGUUUGUAAACAAUAUGUCACGUAGUAUUACAUUUACCUCAGAAAAUCCAUUGUGUCAACAGCUUGUUAGUUCGCUAGAGAAAUGAACUGUUUCGCUAAAUAUAUGCACUAUAUUAGCCUAUAUAUUAAUUAUAUUUAACUUAACCUGUUAGUUAAUGUAAGGCCUAAAUAAAUCCAUCCUGAAAACAAGUUAUGACAGCCACUGUGUAAAUGAUUAUAUUUCAACAACGAAUUGUAGAAACAGAAGUUAAUGCAAAAACUGCCUUAUGUGUAAUUUACAUUUUUUAUUAUUAUUUGAGUGUUGUUGAUUAUAUCUAAAAAAUAAAUAGCUCUGUAAUAGUUUACAGCAUUAGCUGAGAUAGAUUUUUUUAUCCUUAAGAAAAUUGUAACUAUAAUUGAAUAAAUUUAAAGACAGAGACACAGUUUGUUCAGUAAAACAUUGUUUAAUAAAAAGAGAAAAAAAUGUUUUGUUUUCUCACCCUGCUGUACCAAACCCGUACCAAACCAUGACUUUAAAACCGAGGUACAUACCGAACCGUCAUUUUUUUGUACCGUUACACCCCUAAUAUAUAUAAAUAUAUAUAUACCAGUAAAAUGUCCUCACAAGUUGGUUGUCAUAAUAUUGCACUAUACAAGUGAAGACAUUUGCCCCUCACAAGUAUAUACCUGCACACACUCAAAUACAUAAACUACUGUUCAGUUAUCAAUAAGAUUUUUAUUUAAUUUUAUUUAAUGUUUUUGAAAGUUUUUUUGCUCAGCAAGGUGAGCAGCAGUAUUUUAUGAAAUAUUACAAUUUAAAUAACUGUUUUUAAUAUAUUACUGUCACUUUUGAUCAAUUUAAUCCAUCCUUGCUCUCUAUAUAUAUAUAUAUAUAUAUAUAUAUAUAUAUAUAUAUACACACCUGUAUAUGUGUUUUCAAACAAAAUUUGGGUCAAAAAUGGACAAACCCAAAUCUGGGUUGAAACACCCCAACAUUUUUUAGAGUGUAUGGAGUUGCAUUUGCAUGAUGCACAGACUUGCUGGCUACAAAUACAGUUGACAGGGAGGACCCGCACACUUGUGGGUAAACAAAAACCCCAGUUACCAUAGUGACCCAUUCAUUUCUAAGGGAGACGUUCAUUUCUAAAUGCUGCAGGCAUAUUUUAAGAUGUGUGAUUCCACAUGCAUCUCAAAACCUGUCACUGGUUUGCUUUAUUUCACAACAAUCAUUUUAUUAAUUUAGCUGAGAACCCCCCCUUUAGAAGCAAUUGUUUGCUUCUUUUGAACUGCAUAAAAAUCCCCAAACCCACAGUGUAAACCUUUCGUUUAGUUAGAAUACUGCAUUAGAAGACAGAUGUUUUUGUAGACAUCAGGGCAGCUCUCUAGGUUUUGAAACAGAGUCAAUAUUUUCAUAUUUGUGUAAAAUUUUACUACGUUUUUCAUUGUUUCAUCAAGAUCUAACUUCUAACAAGAAUCAAUGGAGAACAAGUUUGGGGAAUUCCAUUUUAAGUGAUUGCAGACAUUGACAAGAGACGCCUGCUGAGUGUUCAUUUGAGGAUCAGAGCAGAAACCAAAUUAGAUUAAGGAGAAGCAUAAGAGUAGUGAGUGGAACCAAGUUCCCCCCUGCCUCAACGUAUGUUACUAAAUAUGAUUAUAUUAUUAUUAACAUGUUAAAGCAUUAAAAUAAUUCAGGACCAGAGAGAGCCCUUAAUGUCAUAAACAAGCAAUUUCAUGCACAUUCGAGAGUAGAUGCGAUUUGAGAAUGAAUGUGAUUUUUCUAAUUACAUUGUAAACAUUUUGCUGUGAAGAUUAAAAUGGACUGACCUAUAAAAAGGCUCGUUCACUCUGAACUGAGCAGCUUUUAGAAGGUCAUAACAUUUUAGAGAGGCUGGAAAGGUUUGAUUCUGCAUGAAUGUCAUACAUUUUUUAUCUUUAUUCACUAAUGAGUGAGUAAUUUCAAAAUUACGUAAACAGUAAAGCUUUCUUUAAUUAAA